AUGGCAAGACUCUUAUUACUUUCUCUCCCCGGUCUUGUGGCCAUAUGUGCCGUGCACGGAAUAUUUAUGGACAGACUUGCUUCCAAGAAGCUGUGUGCAGAUGACGAGUGUGUGUAUACUAUUUCUCUGGCCAGAGCUCAAGAAGAUUUCAAUGCCCCCGACUGUAGGUUCAUUAAUGUUAAAAAAGGGCAGCAGAUUUAUGUUUACUCAAAGCUGGUAAAAGAAAAUGGAGCUGGAGAAUUUUGGGCUGGCAGUGUUUAUGGAGAUGGCCAGGAGGAUGAGAUGGGAACCGUGGGGUAUUUCCCCAGCAGCUUGGUAGAGGAGCAACAUGUGUACCAAGAAGCCACCAAGGAAGUCCCCACCACGGAUAUUGACUUCUUCUGUGAGUGAGCGAGUAGACAAACCUGCAAAUAGAAAGGAAACAUCAAGAAAUAAAGAAAAAGAAGUGAAAUAACAACAACAACAACAAAAAUACAUAUCCCUAAUUCCUAACUUUGGUUUCGAGGCUUUGUUACCUUACAGGAGGGCUGGGCCCUCAGGGCCUGCGGUCGGAGAUGAAGGAGGGGGUUUCCACUCAGUUUUCUGCGGCAGGGCGAUGUUUGGCUCAAGUGGGAGAACUGGAAGCAGAGAUUGUUUUUCAGCCUAGAGAAUCUUCUUUUAUGCAGGGAUGCAUAUAGAAGAUGGUUUGUUUGUAUUAUUUCCAAAUGGUAAUUCUUGCCAGCUCUUUGGCUCCUUAUAUAAACUUGGUAGGUCAUAAGUCUUCCUUUGGACAUGCUGUUUUCUAAUUAUUUGUCUCUCUGGCCAUUUGCAGUGUUAUAAUAUAUCCAACGGGGCUAUAUCAUCAAGGAGUAUUCUUGUUGAUUGUUGUCUAGGAUUGUUGUCGCUUUUAAUAUUUGGUGCCUUUGGGAUAUAAAGCUGGUGGGAGUGGGGGAGCUGUUUAGACUCAUAGACGUUUGGACUAUGCCUCUUUCUCUUUAAAAAAAUUUCACGGGGGCAUCUGGCUGGCUCAGUUGGAAGAGUAUGUGACUCUUGAUCUCAGGGUCGUGAGUUCAAGCACCACUUUGGGCAUAGGGAUUACUGAAAUAAAUAAACUUAAAAAAAUUUCACCCAUUAUUUCCACUGAAUAAUUUUAUCUUCUAAAUGAUUGGUUUACCUCUCCCCAAAUUUUAAAUAAGUAUGUGUAUAUGUAAUAAGGGUGGAGUAGCUUAUGAAAUAUUUGUAGUAGAAUAGUUUCCCCUUCAUAUGUGCUGUCAAGUCAAAAGACAGAGGGAAAGAAAAGCAUGUGAGUUAUUUCUCGACUUCUGUUUCAACUUCGAAUCUCCUCUUCCCAUGUAAAUCCCCCCAGUCAAGGGUGAUGUGUGAAGAAAUCUGGUGAGCCAAUUGGCCCACAAGUUUUUCUACAUUUAGUUGGAAAUUUGUUUUGAUUGUGUAUUCCUGGUGUAAUUCUUUUUAUGUAGUCCUGGGUCUUUGUUUACGUGUAAUUAAAA